CUUAAAGAUCAUAUUUACUUAAGAACACUAUUAUAACAAAUAAUGAUCGUUGUUCUGUACGAAUAAUAUAGUAUAUCAAAGUUGACUCCGAUUUUCUAUCAUUUAAGUAGGAUUUUGUGUCUGGUGUGUAAACUGGAGACGCCGCCCCGCCCCCGGCAAACCCUACAUAUUAAACCGCGGAAGCUGAGCUCAUGUUUGUGUUUGUGCUUAUGAUAGUCGACGGGAUCUUAUUGUUAACUGUCAGGGCGCUGAUUCAAAGCUGGAUUCCCUGAAGAUUUUCAGUUUAUCGCCUUCGCUGUCGGGUGGCGGAAAUUUGGUGAAGAUGAAUCCAUACAGCGUGGAUGGCUACGCGCCGGGUAUGGUCGCCCUGCGCAAUGGCGUGCUGGGCAACAGCAUUCUGCGGUGCCUCGAUUCGACUACGAGACCCGCAAACGCGCCCCGAGUGGAGUCCUCCAGGCUUUGGUACGACGAGCUGGACAACUGUACGGAUGAGGCGGACGCGUGUCCCUGCUCGACAAGUCUAGCCAGAAGGGAGUCGCGAAAAGAGCCGUUUCAGGAACGCCGGCUGCCCGGGAGCCCGGAGGCGAGCGGCUCCCUGAUUCCUUCUCCGGAGGGAGACUCACCAACUUGCGCACCCGCUUGUGGUUCCUCUAGCAACUCUGCGGAAACGCUGGACCAAGAGACUCACGAUUUAAUUGAGACUUUCUUCGCCGACUACGCGGGGCUGUGUACGACAUUACCGAGGCAAAACGAGGCGCUCGCCACGAUGAAGCGGGUGGUGGCCAAUGUUGUCGAAAAACACCAGUUUAUCUACAAUGGUAUGAUCGGAAAACUAGGUUUGGAUCAGAAGAGCGAUGACAUGAUCAUAAUCAGAACUGUGGCUCAGCAAUUAUUCAGUGACGGAACCACAAACUGGGGGCGUAUUGUCAGCCUUGUGGCCUUUGGGGCAGAGGUGUGUAGCUACCUGAAGAAGACCGGGCGGGGGCACUGCAUCAAGGCUGUGGGGUAUCAGAUCUCCUCCUACCUGCUGUCAGAGCACCGACUGUGGCUAUACAACAACAAGGCCUGGGAUGGAUUUGUGGAGUUCUUUCAUGUAGAAGACACUGAAUCCUUGGUGAGGAGUAUGCUCUUUGCAUUUGCAAGUGUGGCCGGGAUAGGCGCAGGACUGGCAUUACUGAUCAGAUGAUCAUCCUGCCCACAAAUAAUGUGCAAGACUGUUUGCAGCAUUCACUUCUCACUACAGAUUGUAAAUGAUUUUCUUGGUUCCAUUUCCACCAUCCCACUUGAAUGUCUCUACAGAGGAUUCUUGUACGUGUUGCUGAGUGUAGCUCCUCUGAAUCGCGCGACCAUAAAGCCUCGUGCAUGUAAACCUUGGAUGGACAACAGAUAUUCUGCCUGAUACAGCUCAGCAUUUUUUUUUUAUUUAAUAUUAUCAUAAUUUUAUUUUUAUAUUAAAGACUUACUUUAACAUUGCUACACUUGUAUUAAAUUAUUAAAUACUGAGUCGCGCACAA